CGACUCCACAGUGUCACCUGGUCACAGGAAUCCAGCCUGGGUGACUUUAGUGUGCUCUCUUCCCACCUCCCCAGAUCAGCUUCUCCCAGGGGCAGCUGCAUCUCUGGGGAGGUGCCAGUGGCUUCAGGGUCACACCUCACAGUCUCAGGUCCCCGUCGGAGCCACCUGAGUGACGGCGGCUGAGCGGGCGCCCGGAGAUCUGAGGGCCGAGUCUGCAAGGCGGGUGCUGCUGCCAUGCUCCAGGCGGCCCGGCUGGCAGAGCUGGAGCUGUCGCAGGUGAGGGGCCCCUCUGGCCUGGGUCGGCCUCUGUGAAGUGGGCACCUCCACCGGCCCCCGGGCAGUCUCCAUGGCCUUUUCGAACUCCUAGACAGAGUGGGCGGCCUGGGCAGGUUCCAGGUUCUCCAGACGGUGGCCCUGGUGGUCCCCAUCAUGUGGCUCACCACUCAGAGCAUGGUGGAGAACUUCUCAGCCGCCGUGCCCAGCCACCGCUGCUGGGCACCCCUCCUGGACAACAGCACGGCCCAGGCCAGCGUGUCCGGAGCCCCGAACCCCGAGGCCCUCCUGGCCGUCUCCAUCCCACCUGGCCUCAACCAGGAGCCCCACCAGUGUCUCCGCUUCCGCCAGCCACAGUGGCAUCUCCUGGACCCCAAUGCCACGGCCACCAACUGGAGUGAGGCUGCCACAGAGCCGUGCGUGGACGGCUGGGUCUACGACCGCAGCGUAUUUACCUCCACCAUCGUGAUGGAGUGGGACCUGGUGUGUGACUCUCAGGCCCUGAAGCCCAUGGCCCAGUCUAUCUACCUGGCCGGGAUCCUGGUGGGAGCUGCUGUGUGCGGCCAAGCAUCCGACAGGUUUGGGCGCAGGCUGGUGCUGACCUGGAGCUACCUGCAGAUGGCCGCGUCAGGCACGGCCGCCGCCUUCGCCCCCACCUUCCCCGUGUACUGCCUCUUCCGCUUCCUGGUGGCCUUCGCCACGGCGGGCGUCAUGAUGAACACCAUCACCCUCCUGAUGGAGUGGACGUCAGUGCAAGCCCGAGUCGUGGCGGUGACUUUGAACUCCCUGGGCUUUAGCCUCGGGCAGGUCCUGAUGGCCGCGGUGGCUUACAGUGUGCGCGACUGGGCGCUGCUGCAGUUGACAAUCUCCGCCCCCUUCUUCCUCUGCUUCGUGUAUUCCUGGUGGCUGGCAGAGUCGGCUCGAUGGCUUCUCAUCACAGGCAGGCUGGAGUGGGGCCUGCGGGAGCUGCAGAGGGUGGCUGCCAUGAACGGGAAGAGGGCAGUGGGGGACACGCUGACCAUCGAGGUCUUGCUUUCGGCCAUGCAGGAGGAGCUGAGUGUGGGCCAGGCUCCCGCUACCCUGAGCACCCUGCUCUGCACACCCGGACUGGGCCUCCGGACCUGUGUCUCCACCCUGUGCUGGUUUGCCUUCGGUUUCACCUUCUACGGCCUGGCCCUGGACCUGCAGGCCCUGGGCAGCAACAUCUUCCUGCUCCAGGCCCUCAUCGGGGUUGUUGACAUCCCGGCCAAGAUCUGCACGCUGCUGCUACUGAGCCGCCUGGGCCGGCGGCCCAUGCAGGUGGCGUCCCUGGUGCUGGCGGGGCUCUGCAUCCUGGCCAACAUGCUGGUGCCCCACGAGAUGGGGGCCCUGCGUUCAGCCCUGGCGGUACUGGGGCUCGGCGGGGUGGGGGCCGCCUUCACCUGCAUCACUGUCUACACUGGGGAGCUCUUCCCCACCGUGAUCAGGAUGACCGCGGUGGGCCUGGGCCAGAUGGCAGCCCGAGGGGGAGCCAUCCUGGGGCCUCUGGUCCGGCUGCUGGGCGUACACGGCGCCUCCCUGCCCCUGCUGGUGUACGGGGCGGUGCCGGUGCUGAUUGGCCUGGCUGCGCUGCUGCUGCCCGAGACCCAGAGCCUGCCGCUGCCCGACACCAUCCAUGACGUGCAGAGCCAGGCCGUAAAAAAGGCGACACGUGACACUCAAGGGCAUCUCGUCCUGAAAUGCACACGAUUUUAAGCCUCCUGUGAAGCCUGCCAAGGGACAUGGGAGGAGGCUCUUCUCCGAGGAAGGAGAGCAAAGGCCUUGGCUUCCGACUUGACUUCCAGAGGGCCCGGGGCUGCCGCUGCAGCCGAGCCAGCCUCCCCCUGCUAAGGAAGGAGCCACCUCCAACACAGAAGGAGCAAAGGAUGCUGUGACUGGCAGGAGGCUGCCGGGCGCCCAGCUCCUUCAAGGCUGCAGAGAGGAGCAGAGCCGGACUCUGUGCCUCCCUCACUGCUCGCUGCCCCCCGAGCCUGAGCCCGAGGCCCGAGGUCAAAACCUCCCUGCUUCUCACCCCACCCGGAGGGCCCCGCCCAGCUCCUCAGCGUCACAAGAAAGAUGCCUCCGGCCCCUCCCACUUCUCGCCACACUCCAGCCACGUGCCCACUCCCUUGCCAUCCCCGCAGCCGUGUCUUCUGCCCAGAAUGCCUCUGCCACGGUUGCCACUACCUGACAAACUCCCACGCAGCCUCCCAGACCCAGGGCAAUGGCUUCGUUCUGGGGCCCCAGGCUCAGCCCCAGGUGCUCAUGCAAUUGUAGCGCGGCCAUAGCCACAUCCCUGUCGCCCCACAACCCCAGCCUAUGAGCUCCUAGAGGGCUGGGGUGGUCCUCCUCUGCGUGUCCCCAGCUCCCACGCAGAGCAGAGGGGCACUGGGCAAGAGAGAGAGCAAAUAAAGGAACCGAGUCCAGUGA